UUUCAGAAGAUGCUUUUCAACAGUCCCUGCUAAUUCACUGCCAUAGGUUUCUCCUCCGAUGUAAAGGUUGUAUUUAGGUGAUUUCGUGUUUGGCGUGAGGUUAAGUCAGGGAAAACGGACUUCAACUCAGCACCGGCUGUGACUCCUCUCUCAUCGUCCCGACAUCAUGCUUCCCCGAGUGGGUAAAGAGUUUGUUGUCCGAAUGCGGUUCAACUGGCGGCCAUUUUUUGAGGGCCGAACCCUGCUGUUAACAAACACCCUGAGCGGAGGAGUAAUAUUGGGGCUUGGAGACAUCCUGCAACAAAGCUGGGAGAACUUUAAGAAGCCAGGCAGAGUCCGAGACUGGAGGAGGACAGGAUGCAUGUUUACAGUGGGCUGCUCCAUAGGUCCAAUGCUGCAUUACUGGUACAUCUUUCUUGACAAAGCGUUCGUGGGUAGAGCUCUGAAAACUGUUGGCAAGAAGGUUGUGGUGGACCAGCUGGUCGCCUCACCCUUUUUGGGGAUGUGGUAUUUUUUAGGUAUGGGUGUCAUGGAAGGACACACUGUAUCCGAAGGAAUGAUGGAGUUUAAAGACAAAUUCUGGGAAUUUUACAGGGCGGACUGCUGUGUUUGGCCUGCCGCUCAGAUGAUCAACUUCUACUUCCUCUCACCCAAAUUCCGUGUUGUGUAUAUCAACUUUGUCACUUUAGGCUGGGACACCUACCUGUCCUACCUAAAACACAGAGAUGACAGCCCCCACACUAAGCCUUUAACAGACGGCCGUGCUGUGGAUGUACAGCAAGAAGCACUCCCAACGUCUCAACCUCUGGAGAAGUAGAGUUAGAGUGAAUACUUUACUCUAAUGUCAUAUAUAUAUAUAUAUAUAUAUAUAUAUAUAUAUAUGAGGCAAAAAACAUUUUGCUGUUUUUAUUUGCCAAACUACUUUUCGGCGUUGCCAAAUUGCAACAUUUUGUUUUAACAGAUUUUCUUUCUUCUACAACAAAUGAUUCCUCUCUCAAGUUUAAAACGAAAACCUGUUCCCCUAUGAACUCUGAGGAGUUUUAGAUGCUAAAGUGGAAGUGCUGGAACACCUGUCUCUUCAUUCCAAUUUGGUGUUUUUAUUUAUAUCUGAAUGAUGUGCACUCCUGUAAGAACAUUCAGGGAUGAAAAGCUGCUUUACUGCCUCUCAUGCUAUUACCUCUGAUUGUGUUGACGGUAUGAGUGUAACCGUGAGCUCAUGCUGUGAUUGUAGUGUGAAGCUUACUUUUUUGUUGCACUCAAAGAUUUAAAUGUCAAAUAUCCAAUAGAGUGGUAUUCCCUUAUUUUUAUAUGUGGUUUGACAUGAAAUAUUAAUUCCUGAUGUACAACAGCUAUGAUUCUAUUAUCAUAUAAAAACCUGUGUAAACCUUGCCUUAAUAUGUAGACUGUUGCUGAACAUGUUUUCAUGCCAAAUAACCUUGUCUUCAGUUUCUCCCUUUGAGGUACAGAUAAACAUACCUCACCUUGUCAAUAUGCACGUAAACUAUAAUCUAUAAUUAUGAGAAAAUACAAUAUGUUCUAUAUUUUUCUCAAAUUAUAUCAAACUGAAUCCUCAUAUCUGUGUGUACUUGAUUCAAGAGAGGCUGAAGAUUUGAAAUUAAUUUAUUUUUCGAACUGUUUUUUUUACUAGUGACUAUGUGACUUGAUGAACUGUAGUGUAUAUCUACAGCUGUUAAUUUCUGGAUGAAGCACUUUUAGAUUUGGUAUCAGGUGAAUAAUCAGUAUUUGUGAUGAUAGACAUGUGAAGCAAUACUGUAAAUAUAUUUAAUUUCUGUUCAAAUCAUCUUUGGUGUCGCUGUGUGUUUCCAUCAUAUUGAACUGCCAAUUAUCUUUAUAAAAUGUAUAUUUCGCAUA